ACAGAAGGUGUGUGCUUUUUAUUGAGGUUGUGACUGUGCCGUACUAGACAAUUAAAAUAUUAAAUGUGAGGGGAAAAAAAUCAUACAUGUUAAAAACAAACAUUAUGCUGAUGUGACUAUUCAAAGAAGAAACUGCACAAUAUAUUUACAUACAACACAAAAGAACUGUAAAAAUAUGAGUAUAUGACGCAAUCACAACAGGUCAAGAAAAAUUUACAACAGCUUUGUCCCGGUGGUAUUACUAUGAAUUGCUGUAUUUUUGUAAGAUAAAAAGCAGAGAAGCAAAAAACAAUUCUUGUUUAUACACUGUGUGGUUAGUGUUAUGUAGUAUGUUGAGUUGAAGUGGUUCAACAAGUCUUGCAUAAUCAUUCUCCUCUCCUUUUUAUUUUACUUUCAUAUGCCAAUCCUUUUCUCGGCAUCAUAGUUUAAAAAUGAGGAAGGUGUUAUUUAACACAGACAACUACAUACAAUACAGAUCUAUCUUCAGUACUACCUCGCAAGAACAAGAAAUCCACAAUAGUACACGCAAAUAAAUACACAUGAGAAUAUGUUGCUGAAAAUUAUACUUUUUUUCUCAGGAACAUUUUGCAUCCGUGCACAAAGGAGUAUUAAGCUUUGUUACACUUUUGGAUGCUUUAAGUCCAGUGAUACGCAAGUCUGCCUGACAAUGGAUGGUGACGAAGUCUUCUAUGCAAACUUUAAAAACGGGUCUCUGAUUUGGGACAGCAAAAUACCUACAGCCUUCCAUGUUCCAUACGCUUACAGCCAAGCACUUUAUUCCCAACGUCAGUGCAGAGAUUUUGUUCAUGAUGACUGGAAACAACACAAGACAAUUAUGAACACUAAAGCACCACCGGAAAUCAUCAUCUACCCCAGAGAUGAAGUUAUGAAAGAAGAAGACAAUUCCCUCAUCUGCUUAAUCAAAAAGUUCUUUCCCCCUUCUAUCAAAAUAAAGUGGACCAAAAAUGAUAUAGAAGUUAAAGUGGAAGAUCCUUUCAUCAAAUGUUUACCCAAUCCAGAUGGGACAUUUUAUGUUUUCUCCCACCUCGACUUUGUGCCAGAAGACGGUGACAUCUACAGCUGCAGUGUGGAGCAUGAAGCCUUGACGGAGCCUCUGACAAAGCUUUGGGAGGUUCAAACAGAUGAGCCUAGUAAUGGUCCAGAUGUCUUCUGUGGACUUGGCCUCAGUCUUGGAGUUAUUGGAGUUGUUGCAGGAGCAUUCCUGUAUGUAAAAGGAAGGCAGUAUCAGAGUACCCAGAACUCUGCUGGUUAAACCAUUUGUCAUACUUUACAAAGCAUUCUGAUUAUAGUUUAUUUGUAGCAGGCAGUUUCAUGUGACUCCCCCUUUCUUUUGUCUCCUGACAAACCCCAACAGUCCACUAAAGAGUAAGCUAAAAUUCUCAAUAAUCAUAAAAUAAAAUGCCACUAAUA